CGGUAGUGCAGGACUAUCUCGACAAACGAACAGCUUUGCUGCGCAUUAUUUUGUCCUAUCUGCGCAGUUUCCUAAUAAGUCAUUUGUUUGGAUGCCGGAGUGGGAGGUUUGCGGUGGCUCAACCAUUGGUGGGGUGAAGUGGUUUUAGACUCAACUCUUCUCCACACACCACUCUGUGGCGAUGAGUGGCGGCUCGUCCUCCGGCGCCGCUGGGCAGGCCCAGGAGCUGCGCCAUCUCUCCGACCUGAGUCCGCCGGCGGCCAGCUCCUCCGGCCCUCCGUCGGUCACCAUCGAGUCGGAGACGGGCGCGCGGCGACCGCGACCCCGCGCGCGCGGCAGGGCCGACCCGCCGGCACCGCCGCCGGCGACAUCGUCGGCCGAGGCGGCGCGAGACAAGCACGCAUUCAAGGGUGGCGUGCCGCGCCCCUGCCGACACCACUCGUUUCUCACAGAGCCGGCGGACGUGAAGCGCAUGGAGGCUGACCUGCUGCGCCUGAUGCAGGGCUUCAACUCGGGCAGCCUGCGCGCCUUCGGUAAGGACGUCAGUAUGGAGCAGAUGGAGCAGAUUCGCGAGCAGCAGGAACGACUGGCCAAGCUGCACUUCGAGAUGGGCGCCCAGCAGGAGCUGUUCCCUCCGCUCUCGGAGGAGGGGCUCAGCCGCGCCUCGGCCAGCCUCCAGCAGCUGAUGCAGCAGCUGCAGCAGCUCUCCAGCUCUAUCGAGAAGCUGCACUCGCGAGCCGACGCCCCGGCGGCCGGCCCCGCCUCCACACCUCAGGAGCCGCCUCACGGAGCGAGCACCUGAGAACGGUGACUGCAGUCUGCCGCUGUCCCCUCCGCCACACCUGAACACGCUGCGGAACGGUGACCGGCAGGCCGUGCAGCUUCGCAGUGUUCAUUAUGUGAUAUUUAUCCGCCAUGAACUGCUGGCGGUGAUGAGCACCGAGUGUUGGGACCAGUGGAUGCGCUGAUGGUCCUGCAAGUGAGCUCAAUCAAGACGAAUGGAAGCCAACAGAGUGGGGAUGAAGUAUUGCAACAUCUCCGUACCAUUACUUGGACGUUUUGAACGUUGCUAAAUAGUAAUCGUGCACCGUGCGGCAAGGCAUGCUGCCGAGUUGACCCCCGUGACUGUUCGUUGCGUGAACAAAGCGCCAAAGUGCAGUCCGAACUCCUUGAUCAAUUACAACUCGCGCUCACAGCAGUGAUUGCAUUUUGCACGUGCGUUCCAGCAAUGUGAGAUGCUGGAAUAGUCAUCACUUCUCAUCCUUUAUCAGAGGCGUUCGAAUGGCUUUCACCUUCAGUCUUCCCACGCAGUAUUUCAACGCGCGCGUCGUGCUUGACUUGGUGUCCAUCUUUGCUAUACUUCGUCUUCAUCCUAUCCUGGAUUAUCCUGAGGUCGGAUGAUUGCUGGUCUAAUUAAUUAUUCUCGCAGUUAAGCCAUAAUGUCCCGGUCUAUGUCGGUGAAUCUAUGCGUUUUAUUUUUACUUUCGUCAAUAUGUUUUAAAUGUGUGCAUUUAUCAGAUCAGUGUACGUACGCUAGGCGGAGUUGAUCGUGGAUUGGCAGAGUUCUGCGAUUUGUUAGGGAAUUUUGGACUGACCGUAGGAUGAAAUUCGGACGUUUAGCAUGUGUGCUAGCAUAGUCAGCAACGACCAAGGCUAUAUAAACCGUAACGACCAGCGGGCUCUGUUGCGAAUGUGAUUGUGGCAAUUUUUCAGUGUGCAGCUUAAGGGCAUGGAAGAAAUAUAGCUUGAGGGUAAGGCAAAAUGUUGCUGUGACAGUUAACACUGCUUUCGUCGCAGUUCGCCGUUCUAGUCGUGGGCUACUGUAAUGUAUUGCCUCUGCGUGAAAUGCUAUCCCUGCUCGGCGGUUUUGUCGCUCUAGUCGGCCUAGCAGUCGUAUGUCCGAGCGAACCCAUACUGAAACGUCCGAAUGUCGGUAGGUGCGGCGCGCGCGCCUAGCCAAGAUGAGAAGAGUUGUACUACUCGCUAUAUUUUUGACAACGAACGAAAAUAUACCCUGCUGUGUGU